UUAUACUGCAGGUUGGAAGAGGAAGCACAGAAGAGGUACGAUGCCGAAAAUAAUCUGGUCCUGUUCAGGAAGGAUGUUGAUGACGCAACUUUGGCCCGGCUGGAGCUGGAGAGGAAAGUGGAAUCACUCCUGGACGAAAUCGAAUUUCUCAAGAAGUUACACGACGAGGAGCUGCGGGACCUCCAGGUGAAUCUGCAGGCCUCGCAGAUACAGGUGGAGAUGGAGGUGGCCAAGCCCGACCUGACGUCGGCGCUGAAGGACAUCCGCGCCCAGUACGAGACCAUCGCCACCAACAACGUGCGGGAGGCCGAGGAGUGGUACAAGUCCAAGUUCACGGAUCUGACGGGUGCAGCGAACCGCAGCAACGAGACGCUGCGGCAGGCCAAGCAGGACCUGAACGAGUCACGGAUACACAUCCAGGCGCUGACCAGCGACCUGGAAGCGCUGAGAGGCACCAACGACUCGCUGUUGCGCCAGCUACAGGAGGCGGAGGAGCAGUUCUCUGCCGAGUCGGCGGGUUACCAUGACACCGUCGACAGCCUGGAGCAAGAGAUUCACCACAUGAAGGAGGAGAUGACGAGGCACCUUCGGGAGUACCAGGACCUGCUCAACGUCAAGAUGGCCCUGGACAUCGAGAUCGCCACCUACAGGAAGCUGCUGGAAGGGGAGGAGAGCAGGAUUGCUGUCCCCAUCCAGUCCUUUGCCUCUCUCAGCUUUAGAGACUAUGCCUACAAUCCACAGGAUGUUCAAACCAGGAAGACCGUGUUAAUCAAAACUAUUGAGACCCAGGAUGGAGAGGUGGUGAAUGAAUCUCGGAAGGAGCAGCAGAACGAGCGUGAUCAUUGAAUCGAUACGGCGCUGGUUUAAGGCCAGACUCGACCCAAGCAGAAGACUGGUUUUUGUUUUCUUUUUUUCUCUUCCCCCAUUUCCCGCCCUCCCUCUUUAGUCUUUGAAUUCUGUCGCCCACGGUUUGAAGCUUGGAGCUGUGACGAGCUUCCAAUUCCACCCAUUGCUCUUGUUCAGUUGCACACCUGGCCCAGGCAGCAAGCAGGCCCAAACCCUCUCAACGCGCCUCCGUCACCAUGGCAACGGGAGCUUUGGCCCACCGAGUCCGCAUCUCCACCCACCCUACACGAUCCCAUUCCGCUUCUGCCCACACUGGGUGUCGGGGGGGGGGGUAUUAUGGGGGGA